GCAAAAUUGUUAAUCAGUUGCUGCAGAAAUUAAAGGAUGUUGAAAGCAGUAGAAAGAUGCCAUCUGGAAUAAAAAAUAUUCACCAGAAGAUGCUCAUUAUAACAAUAGAUAGUUGUACAACAGAAUGGAUCAAAUAGAGAAACAAUUGUGUGAACCAUGGAAGCAAAAUGCAGUGAUUUUAUUAUGAAGAUUUGGGGUGUCUGGACCCUUCUCACUAUUAUGAUGGUCAUGACAGCAAUCGAUAAAUCCAGUAAAUCUGCAGUGCUUGGAACAACCAUUGAAUUGUACUGUCCUCCAGAAACAUAUAAUAUGACAGUAUGGAAGGUGAAAUUUAAGAAUGGAACACAGUGCUAUUUAUCAUUUAAGAGAGAGAACAAUACCAUAGCCAGAAACUGCAGUAUGAACAUGGACUGGAUGUCUAGACCAGAAGAAGAGUCUGCUGUUCAGAUAAAGUCAUUUCAAAUGUUCAGUGAAGGAACAUAUACAUGUUUCAUUGCUACUGCUAAAGGAAUAUUAAACCAUGAAUAUGACCUAACUAUAUUAGUAUCUCCAAAAGUGUCCUUGACUCACAGCAAUGGCACGGCUGUGUGCAAGGCGGCUGCAGGGAAACCAGAUUCACAGAUCUCAUGGAAUCCCCCAGGAUACUCUACAAUUGUGUCUGAAACAUUGCCAAAUGGCACAAAGACCAUCAUCAGUACAUAUAAUAUGGCAAAUAUUAAGGAAGAUGAACUUACAUGCUUCAUCUUCCAUCCUACUUGGGAAAAGCCACGCAUCUUAAAUCUAUCAGAUAGACACGAAGAAAGGAAAAGUUCUACAAUGACAAUUCUCUAUAGCUGUCUUACUGGUCUUUUGGGAAUUCUUGGAUUUUCACUCUCCAUUUAUCUCUGGAGAUUCUGUGGAAGCCAAAGAAAAAUCACUGCAACUACAAAUGUAGAAACAGUUUCAGGACAGAACAUCCAGGAAAAUGAUUUGGAGCCAUAUGCUACCUUUGUGCAAGUGGAAAAUGUAAUCUACGAUAAAGCAUAUAAUUUCUCAUCAAGUUAACGCUUCUCAGCUUUCAUGUUCAACAUAAGGCAUUACCAGACUUGAACUGAGAGGGGAAGUAUGUAAGGGCAAAAAUGAAUAAUUACAGUAAAUGGCAACUGCUGUAACUUUAAAUCAGUCUACCCAUUGAACAUGAGUACAUUUUGCCUUUUCUCAUUCUUGUUGUCACCUGCCCCUCAGCCUGUUUCUCUGGUUACAUUCUGCAAUCACUGGUUGAUAAACCAGUCAAUUGGCUACCUGCAAAACAAAACAAAAAAAAAAGCUAAGUAAUUCUCCAAUUCUCUUCAAGCUCCACAGAAUUCUUCCAAGAACCCUACUGGCCUGUUCUGUACCAGGAACUUACUUUUUCUCACAAAGACUGAAACAUCAGACUUUAAACAGCUGAUAUGAAAGUCAUGAAAAACGGCUAUUCUUCCCUCACCGUUCUGCCUAAGAGUGAGCUGAAUUUGAAAAGCUCUCAGGAUCAAGUGAACACAAGAUGAUUAUUCAAGAAGAACUCAUAAUGAAAUUUAUUUUACUUCUUCUGUCUACUUGUGUGUCUCCAUGGUCACACUUUGCAUUAGAACAUCUACAAUUUCUAAGCAUUAAAUUUAGUCUAUUGUCUUUCAGAAGGCCUGAGAAAAUAGGCUUGCUGAGAUUUUGUAGACUUCUGGACAGACCCCUUUGAUUUUACAAUGGAUGAGAUUGCUAUAAUUAGAAGUGAUUCAACAAGCACACAGCAGACUCCAGAUGACUUGACAUUUACAAUCUGAAUGGAAUAAGUGAAGUAGUGGAAGAAAAGCAGAAUUUGGUCAAAACAUCAUCCUGGAUAUUUGGCCUUGUUCUGACAUUUUUGAAGUGUCAUAGUGAUGCAAACUAAAUUGGGUUAACAGGAAGGCUUAGGGCCAAUUACUCAUUAUAUGUAACAUAUAGAAAUAAACCUCAAUUUCCACUUUUUGUUAAGUAAGACCAGUUUUGACAGGAUGUCAUUUUGAAUGUACAGAGAAUUUGUACAGAAAGCUCUAAGGGAGGAAGUUUGCUUGAAUUUAGAAUUUAAAUGUGAACUUUUUCUAAUCUUCUAUUUUGAACCAAUAUACAAAGGAUUGAAAUAGGUAGUUAACUGAAUUUUGCAAUGCAGCUCCCCAAUUUAAAAGGAAAGUCUACUAGCAAAAAGUCUUCACAAAAAGAUACAUAACUAUAAAAGUAAUAUACAAAAAUGCAAUCAUUUAGUAAAUUUGCUUGCAAAAAGUGUGUACAUUAACCAAAUUGUGCACACUAUAUGAUAAAUGUGCAACUACAUUUGAACUAACAUUUAAAGGAGGAAAAAUUAAAAAC